AGUGGGCACAUUCUAUAAUUUCAAGGAAUCAAGGGAAACUUUUAGCAAACGAAAGAAACCGAGGGGGGCAAUUACGAAUUUGGCAAUAAAGAGGACAGGUAUCAGCUGUUAUAAAAGAGGUGCUCUAAAGGAGGUUUAAGCAACCGCACAAAAAUAGAAUACAUUCCGUAGCAGCGUUGGAGCUUCUGCGUUCAUGGCUUCUACUCCUGGAAUCCUAACCGAUUGGCCAUGGACGCCUCUCGGAAGCUUCAAGUACGCGAUUUUGGCUCCUGGAUUCAUCUACAGCAUCUACCAGUACGUGACGAAGGAUGAAGCAGAGAGAAACGUUACCUGCCUUGUUAUUGUUCCACUUCUUUUAUGGAGAAUGAUUCAUAACCAGAUAUGGAUAUCUCUCUCUCGUUAUCGAACUGCGAAAGGCAAUGCUCGGAUCUUGGACAAGGGCCUCGAAUUCGAUCAAGUGGAUAGAGAAAGAAAUUGGGACGACCAAAUUUUGUUAAAUGGAGUCCUAUUUUACUUAGUCGGCAAUUUGACGACGAAAUCUUGGAACCUACCUCUAUGGAGGACAGAUGGAGUGAUUAUUACGUUUCUGCUACACGCAGGUCCAGUGGAGUUUCUGUAUUACUGGUUUCACAGAGCUCUGCACCAUCAUUAUCUCUAUUCUCGCUACCAUUCUCACCACCACUCCUCCAUUGUUACAGAGCCUAUUACUUCUGUAAUUCAUCCAUUUGCGGAGCAUUUGGCAUAUUUCCUCCUCUUCGCCAUUCCAAUGCUGACGGUUUUGUUUAACGGAACCGCUUCUUUAGCAGUCUACACAAUAUACCUUACAUACAUUGACUUCAUGAACAACAUGGGGCAUUGCAACUUCGAGAUCAUCCCCAAUCGCCUCUUCACUCUCUUCCCUCCUCUCAAGUAUCUCAUGUAUACUCCAUCGUUCCAUUCGCUGCAUCACACGCAAUUUCGGACCAACUACUCCCUAUUUAUGCCCUUUUAUGAUUACCUAUACGGCACAUUGGACAAAUCUUCAGAUACUCUGUACGAAAAAUCCCUCAAGAGAGAGGAAGAGGGUGCUGACGUGGUUCAUCUGACUCAUCUCACCACUCCUGAGUCGAUCUAUCAUCUACGGCUAGGAUUUGCCGCGCUGGCCUCCAGGCCCCACACCUCCACAUGGUAUCUGUGGCUCCUGUCUCCCAUCACCAUGUGGUCGAUGCUGAUGACUUGGAUUUAUGGCCGUACAUUUGUCGUCGAGAGGAACCAAUUUGAAAAGCUGAAGCUCCAAACAUGGGCCAUCCCCAAGUAUAAUCUUCAGUACUUCCUUCAAUGGCAAACCCAGUCAAUAAACAGUUUGAUUGAAGAAGCUAUAGUGAAGGCAGAGCAAAAGGGUUGUAAAGUCUUGACUUUAGGUCUCUUGAAUCAGGGAGAGGAGCUAAACCUAUAUGGAGGGCUUUAUGUACAGAGGAAUCCUAAGCUAAGAGUGAAGGUGGUGGAUGGGAGUAGCCUGGCUGUGGCUGUAGUUCUCAACACCAUCCCCAAAUUGGCCACCCAAGUUCUCCUUAGAGGAAAACUUACAAAAGUGGCUUAUGCCCUUUCUGAUUCUCUCUGCCAAAAAGGCAUUCAGGUUGCUGUGUUACAUGAAGAAGAAUACAGGAAGCUCAACAAAUCAUUCAACACCAAGUUUGAAAGCAAUCCAGUGCUUUCAAAAGGCUAUUCCCAAAAUAUAUGGUUAGUGGGAGAUGGAGUUACAGAAGAAGAACAGCUUAAGGCACCAAAAGGAACCACUUUCAUUCCCUUCUCUCAGUUCCCUCCAAAGACUGUACGCAAAGACUGCUUCUACCACUGCACCCCUGCCAUGAAGGCUCCUCCUUCUAUUGAGAAUGUGCACUCCUGCGAGAAUUGGUUACCGAGAAGAGUGAUGAGCGCGUGGCGGAUCGCGGGUGUCGUGCACGCGAUGGAAGGGUGGACGGAGCACGAGUGUGGGUACUCAAUGUCCAACGUGGACAAAGUCUGGCAGGCAAGCCUUGGACAUGGUUUUCAACCUCUCUACACACCCACUCCCUGUGGCUCCCUGUAAUCUAAUCAAUUAAUAACCUAAUUUAAGUAUAUAAUUAUAUAUUAUGUCUCCAUUUUAAAAUUAAUAGGGGUAUCAUCAGCCUAUAUGAGUAUGUGCCAUCUGGAUAUAGGCUCACUUUUGUUAUUCCCCCCUAAAUAGCUAUUAUGAUUAACAAUAGGUGUUUGUGGAACAUUUUUUUUUUCUUUUUUUUUUUAUUUGCUCGUAUUUAUUCUAUGUUAUUAAUACUAUUAAUAAAAUAGUGUCGGUAGAUAUCUAUUGCAUAAA